CAUAGCCUUUCUCCAGCUCAGUUCCUACCAUGCCAGACUCAUUCUUUCAAUCUGAGAAGAAGCGGAAAAGGCCAUCAAAGGCAUCGGGUUCACGACUUGGACCGAGGGGCGCUGCACCUCCCAGAAAAGCCGCGGACGAAGAUCUCUCUUCGGAAUCUGAUGCAGGAUCCGAUGGAGCUGGGUUUCAUGGUCGAGGCGAUGCCGACUUGUCGGAUGAAGAGCUUGCGAAUCAGAACGAGACGGCCAGAGAGAAGCGACUGAGGCUGGCAAAGGGGUAUUUGGCGAAAGUUCGGGAAGAGCUUGCUGCUGAACAAGCAGAAGGAGACUACGAUGCUGCUGAGAUUGACAGAGAGCUGAUUGCGUCCAGGCUCCAGCAGGAUGUGGCCGAAGUACAAGGCAAGAUCCACACAUACCUAGCUUCGAACCUGGUCGAAGCUCGAACUCACUUUGUCUCCACUCCUUCCCAUUGUCCGACAAGCGUUGCCAUGUCCUCAUCAUCCGUUUACAUAUCUACGAAAAGGGGAGUCAUAUUUCGGCAUCCUCUACCAUCUCUCAAGCGUGAAGGCCACCCAUUUGGACAUUCUCGCGGCGAUGGAGGACACGAAGGCGAGAUACUGUGCCUUGCAGCGAGUGAAGAUGGAAAAUGGCUCCUGUCAGGUGGGGUGGACAAGACGGUCGGGGUCUGGAAUGUGGAGGACGGAGAGCCGAAAUGUGUGGUAGGCAUCAAAGGUCAUAAAGAUGCGGUGACGUCGGUUGUGAUCCCCCCUCUGAACAAUCCCUCGUAUCAUUUUAUGAGCGCCGCCCUGUCCCGUCAUCUCGCCCUCGGAUCUCUCUCCACUCUGUCCACUAUUGACACCUUUUUCGGUCAUCAAGACUGCAUCACAUCUGUUUCCGCCAUAAAACCCACGGUGGCAGUCACUGCCGGAUCGCGAGAUAGGACGUGUAGGUGGUGGAAAGUGGAGGAAGAAGUUCAACUCGUCUUUCGUGGUGGAGGUCGAACGUUUGAAGGUGUCAGAGGAGUGGUGCCGGAUGCGAGGAAAGAGAGAUUGGGCGGAGGAUGGGAACUUGAAGAUGACAGCGUUGAGCAACGACGUCAAGCUGCACAGAGGGACAAAAAGGGAAAAGGGAGGGAAUUUGUCGAAGGAUCUAUCGAUUGCGUCUGUAUGGUCGACGAUCAACAUUUUGUUUCUGGCGGGGACUCGGGAUCCAUCUCCUUGUGGCAUAAUGGAAAGAAGAAGCCAAUAUUCACGGAACCUCUGGCCCACGGUAUUGACGAGAGUGUAGAUUCUGGGGGACCGCGAUGGAUUACCAGCUUGGCUCAUCUUCGAGGGACAGAUCUAUUUGCAUCAGGCUCCUGGGAUGGCUCUAUACGAUUAUGGAGACUGGAUCGAAAUCUACGCCAUUUUACUCGAGCGAGUCGAGAUACAAUCCCCGUUCCUGGCUUUGUCAAUGCCUUACAGAUCCUCUCACUCCCAUCAGCAUCCGUUGUUUCCGGACAGUGGGCAGUCGUAGACAGCUCUUUUCCGACUGAGCAGAUUGCGGCUGAUAUUAAGGGGGACAAGCAGAUCCUCCUCGUCGCAGCUAUAGGUCAAGAACCUCGCCUAGGUCGGUGGAUGCGAUCGAGAGAUGGCGUCAAGAAUGGAUUACUAGCCGUGCAUAUUCGCUCAAGCGGCGACCAAUCUUCAUCUUGAAGAUGUAUGCUAUGCAUUUCAAUUGCGUUGA